CGAGCUGAUUAACCCGCUCGGCAGAACCCCUCCACCCACCCCCACCCCCAACCCCACCGCCGUCAAACGACGCGGCCGUCCGGCACCAUCCCCCCCCCCCGCCGCACGGUGCGAUGACGUGCCAUUCACGGUUAACCACGUCGCAAACAGGUUAAGCUCUGCGAAAUUCCCGGAAAGCUCGGCUGAGCUCGCCCGUCCCGGUCGCCGGGCUGUUGGGCUGUUUCGACGCGGUGUGAUUUUUGGUGGGGGAAGAGUGCGUUGGGCCGAGGGCGACAUGGCAGAGUGCGGUCGCGCCCCCCGGCAUGGGAAUCCCAGCGCCGCGGCGAGCCCGGCGGAGAGCCCGGCGUCCGGCAAGAAAAAGGCGCAGCAGUCCCCGGCUCCCCGCUCCCGGUACCCGGUCACAGCACCCGGCCACUGCUUCAGAAAGGUCACCCUGACCAAACCCACCUACUGCCACAACUGCAGCGAUUUCAUCUGGGGUCUCAUCGGCUUCUUGUGCGAAGUGUGUAACUUCAUGUGUCAUGAGAAGUGUCUGAAGACUCUGAGGACCGUCUGCUCCUGCAUGGCUCCAACACAAGUGCGGGUCCCAGUGGCCCACUGUUUUGGCCCGGCGGGUCAGAAGAAAAGGUUCUGCUGUGUGUGCAGGAAACACACGGAGGGAAACGCUCUUCGCUGCGAAGUGUGUGAACUGCAUGUCCAUACUGACUGUGCAGUGUUCAGCUGUGGGGACUGUCGGAACUGCCACCUGGAUGGAACCACGGACCUGGAUACAUUCCAUCACCACUGGCGGGAGGGGAACCUGUCGUCGGGGGCUCGGUGCGAAGUGUGUCGGCGCACAUGCGGCUCCUCUGACGUCCUGGCGGGGAUGAGGUGCGAGUGGUGUGGCGUCACGACCCAUGCCGCCUGUCUGGCCAGCGGGCCUCAGGAAUGCUCUCUGGGACGUCUGCGAGAUAAGCUCCUCCCCCCGGCCUGCGUUCGCCUCUGUUCCAGGAACUUUAGCAAGAUGCACUGUUACCGCAUUGCUGAAAACAGCCAGCAUGAGAUAGAUAACUUGGAUGAGGUUGAUCCAUCCUCCCAUCCUCCGUGCAAAGAAGGCCAGCCAGCCUCCACCCCAGAGUCAGGGAAGCAGCUUCUCAAAGUGUUUGAUGGGGAUGAUGCAGUGAAGCGCGGCCACGUCCGACUGGUAUCCAUUCCCCGGAUAACCAGGAAUGAGGAAGUGGUGGAGGCAGCCCUUCAAGCCUUCUACCUUCCAGAAGAGCCCCAGGGCUACGAGCUCCAGGAGAUGGGCAACCAGCAGUGCCUCCACUGCGACGACAUCCUCAACCGCAACGGAGCUCCGGAUAACAAGAGCGUCUUCAAGGACUUCACCCCCGAAGCCUGGGUUCUGAGGGCCAAACCCAAAGACUCGGAGGUCCUCAAGGUCUAUGCUGGCUGGCCGAAGAAAGGCGUGGCCUACGUCACUAUCUCCAUCUUCAAAAACAGCACCGUGGCUUCAGUCCUCAAAGAGGUCCUCGUUCAGCUGGGCAGACAGGAUGAGGAUCCCUCCAACUUCUCCCUGGUGGAGGUCCACAUGGGCAGCAAGCAAGUCCAGAGGGAGAUGCUGACAUCCGAGGAGCUUCUGCUGGAGAAACUCCAGGAGAUCAGGAAGAUUUCCUUGCGGCAGAUGAACCAGACCAGGUUUUAUUCAAUUGAGAACAGGAACCGUGUGAUCCAAGUCAGUCUGCUGAUUGGGGGACUGCCCCUCCUCCUGACGAAGGAAGAGUAUACUCAGCUGGUCCAGGAACACCUGACCAUUAAAAGUCACCUGGUUACCAUCACACACAUAUACGGCAGCCAAGGUGCCGUGGCGCUGCAGAUCUCGUGUUUCUCUGAAGCGGAGAGGAUCUACAUGUUGGCCAAAGACACAACCGUUAGCAGCAAGCCUCUCACCUCCCUGGUCAUUCCAGAUAUCAUGCACAACAAGAUAGAGCGACACGUUGUCCCCCUGCUGGUGUUCAUCAACCCCAAGAGCGGCGGGCUGAAGGGCAGAGAGCUGCUCUACAGCUUCCGGAAGCUUCUCAACCCCCACCAAGUGUUUGACAUAUCCAACGGCGGACCGCUGGCUGGGUUCCACAUGUUCCGGGAUAUUCCUUGCUUCCGGGUGUUGGUGUGUGGCGGUGAUGGGACAGUAGGGUGGGUGCUGAGCGUCCUGGAGGCCAUCAGGCACAAGCUGGCCUGUCCUGAACCUCCCAUCGCUAUCGUCCCGCUGGGAACAGGUAAUGAUCUGGCUCGUAUCCUGCGUUGGGGUUCUGGUUAUAGCGGUGAAGACCCCCACCACAUCCUGUCGUCCCUUAACGAGGCGGAGGAGGUCCAAAUGGACCGCUGGACCAUCCUGCUGGAUGCUCAGGAUGUCUCCGAGGCCGGCUCGGAAAACGGAAAGGACAGCGGCUUCCUGGAGCCGCCGAAGAUUGUUCAGAUGAACAACUACUUUGGGCUGGGCAUUGAUGCUGAGCUCAGCCUUGACUUUCACCAGGCAAGGGAAGAUGAGCCGGGUAAAUUCACCAGCAGGUUUCAUAACAAAGGGGUGUAUUUAAAGGUGGGUCUACAGAAGAUCAGUCACACCAGGAGCCUCCACAAAGAUCUUCGACUGCAGGUGGACAAACAGGACAUAGAGCUGCCUAACAUAGAGGGACUCAUAUUCCUCAACAUACCUAGCUGGGGCUCGGGGGCUGACCUGUGGGGGUCAGAGGGAGACUCGCGUUACGGGAAACCUCGAAUCGACGACGGGAUGCUGGAAGUGGUUGGAGUGACGGGAGUCGUUCACAUGGGUCAGGUGCAGAGUGGGAUGCGGUCUGGGAUCCGCAUUGCUCAAGGGAACUACAUCAGGAUUACAGUGACCAAAUCCAUCCCAGUCCAGGUGGAUGGGGAGCCCUGGAUCCAAGCCCCGGGCCACAUCAUCAUCUCUGCUGCCGGCCCCAAGGUUCGGAUGUUGAGGAAGUCGAAGCAAAAACAGAAGAAGCAGGCUGCAGUCAUGAGGGACGGCUGGUCUGAGAGCCCCUCUUCACGAGAUGGAGGAAACUGACGCCUGUGACCAAUAGAUUUCCUGGAUUAUCCUGAUCGCUGCUGUAGCUGGAGAGCCAUCUUGUCUCUCACAGAGAGAUGUGGCCCCGGGAGUCUGUGAUUUCACAUGUAGAGCCUCUCAGAUGGUUGUAGCUAGCACUGACAGGCUGUAGACUGAUGUAAAAGGUGGGUUAACUUAACAUUCUCCACCUGCUGGUAGUUAGUCCUGAAUGGCCUUGAGUUGAGCUGGUUUGGCUUGGUAGGGAUCAGUUUUUUUCCCUGCUGCCCUAGAAUUUACCAACUGGAAUAAUCAGAAAAAUAAUGGUUAACAUUUGGCACUUAAAACUUAGCUUCUAACAUGUAUUUACCUUGUAAAAACUGUGAUCAGAUUUGUACAUUGAUAGAACAGGGUUCCUACAGGUCUGGAAAUGUGGGCGUACUUGUCGAAAGUUGAGGUUUCAUGAUAUCCAAGUUUUGGAGUUGCACUGGGGAUGCGGAAACAUACGGAAAAGAAAUUGUUCCACUCUCUUUAUGGACAUGAUUAUACCUUUUAAAUCGCUGUGGACCACCUGUCAUUCGAUAUAUUGUGAUAUUCAAUGUCGUGAAGAAUACUUUUCAGCUAUACAGUAAUCGGACCUCAUUGGCUGUCCCAUGGUGAUAUUAGUUGCAGUGUAGAACAAUAUUCAGCUAUGACGUGUUGUGAUCAGGUUGAUGGUCAUAUUGUGACAUUUGGUGGUGAUACGGUCUAGCCAUGAGUCCUAUUGCUCAGCCACUUUCAACAGACACGAUCCCGAACGUCGGCCGAAAUCUUGAAAUCCAGUCAAGUCUGGGAUUGUGAGAUGAAGACUGCAUGAGGAGUCCUGUGAUGAAGCGAUGCUUAAGUAACCAGAUGGUUCAUGUUAUUAAUAUGACAAAAUAUUAUCACGUAGCAUAAUUUAGUAGAAGUCUCCCCGGUGCAGAAGGGACUU